AUGAGCUGGGGCUACCUGACGCAGCUGCUGGAUGAGGUUCACCGACACUCCACAUUCUUGAGCAAGCUGUGGAUCACCAUCUUCCUCAUCUUCCGCAUCGUUCUCACGACGGUCGCCGGAGAAUCGAUCUACUACGAUGAGCAGGGCCAGUUCACGUGCAACACGGCGCAGCCCGGCUGCGAGAACGUCUGUUAUGACAGCUUCGCACCGCUCUCCCAUGUCCGCUUUUGGGUGUUCCAGAUCAUCGUCGUUGCCACGCCCACCAUCCUGUACCUCGGAUUCGCUGUACAUCGCAUCACCAGGAUCGAGUACGAGCGAGACGAACGAACCAAGCGAACCGGCGGCUCCGACCGCAUGGUUGAAUGCACGGAGAAAGAGGAGGAGGUGGAAGAGGAGGUGGAAUGGGAGGUGGAGGAGGGUGAAGAAGACGGCAAGGAGAAGCGACGGCAAGGCAACGAGCGGUGGAGGAUUAAGACUGACGGCCUGAUGGUAGCCUACACCCUCCAGCUGCUCGCCCGCACGCUGGCCGAGAUUGGCUUCCUGCUGGGGCAAUACCUGCUCUACGGCUUUGAGGUGGCCCCACGCUUUCAGUGCGUCCGCGACCCCUGCCCGAAUCGUGUCGACUGCUUCGUGUCGCGCCCCACGGAGAAGACCAUCUUCCUUUUGGUCAUGUACACGGUCGCCGGUCUCAGCCUCCUGCUGGAACUGUCCGAGAUUUGCUACUUGGGGUUGGGCGCCCUCCACGACUCGCUGAGCGGGAGGUGCUGGCUGCAGAGCAGGUCCGCGGAGGGCAAACAGGCGGCCCACACGACGCUGGAGGCUUCCAGGGUGAAGGUGGCGGUGGCCCGGGGCAGUCGUCGAGCGUCGCUGGCGCCCCCGGGUUACCACUCGGUGCUGGGGGCCUCCUCUGACGGGAACGGCACCGGGGUGGCAGAUCCCGGCGAGCCGGACCCCCCCACGGCAGUUCCAGCAGCAGCGACGAUGUCGCCGCGGGAAUUGCGUCAGCUCCGUGACGAGUUGCGGGGACUUGAGACGGAGCUGCGGGCGACGCCGAGGCCCCGCCAGGAGCCCCCCGGGCAGAGCGCCGGCGGCGGCACCGGCCGCACGGCUUGGGUUUAGCGCGAGCGAGUGUCACCGUCGCGGCGACCGUCUGUGCUCUUUGUGAAGAUCCGAGCGGCGGAGCGCGGGCACCCCGCUCACGCGGCGCACGCGACGGUGUGGGGGGCACGUCGGCACCCAGCCUCGUAGCUCGGGGCAUUCGGCUCUGCUGGGUUUGUAACCCCCAGAGUACUGAGAGCAGAGGUCGCAAACGGGGUUUGAUUCCUUACCCGAUACCCGUACCCGGCCGGGUAUCGGGUAGGGUACGGGUACCCGAUUGCGACCUCUGAGAUGAAGCCAUGUUGCAGGCGCGGGUGGGUUGAUUCUAGGAACUUGAAUUGUGAGAAGAGACAGGACGUUGGAAAAUGAGUGACAAACGGUGACUCACCAGUGACUCACGGCUUAACCGUAUCCGUACCCGGCCGCACCAGGGUCGCAAACGGCUACCCGUGCCCGGCCGGGUACGGGUAGCCGGGUAUCGGGUAGGGUACGGGUAUCGGGUACCCGGUUGCGACCUCUGAUUGAGAGUCCAAUCUCCUUAAAACGCGUUUUUUGUGGCAUCGUGGCUUUCGCAUUGAGCCAACGUAUAAAUGCACGAAUCGGGGGAGAUUUUGAUUUAAAGAAACCCACAUUUUUAUGUUUCUUUAGCUAACUUCUUAAUUUGCGUGAGUUUCUGUUUUCAUUUUUUCGUUAAAUUUCCUCACUCCAUCGGUGGAUCGGAGGGCCUGAGUUUAGCGGGCGCACGUCGUUAUUAUACCAUAACAGCCGGCUCCCAUUUAUAUUGACAAAACAAACGGCAUUUAAGAUUUUGGCUAUGCGGUUUGUGAACAGCUGUGGCCAAAUCUGAACAUCAGGUGACGCGGUGUUGUAUAUAUUGUUUUUCUGAAAAGUAUAAAAUGAAAUUGGGAAAUCAUGUUUAGAUAUCUCGCGGAUAAGAAGAGUCACGCGGUAUUCUCAUCCUCUUGUUGGCGAGGUUAUCUGUCAUUUUGCUCCUUUUAGCUGGAAGGUAAAGAUUCGCAGAUGGCCCCACAGAUAAUAAGAUCAGCAGCUCUAUUGGUGUUCCCCCGUGUCACAGCGGAUCACAGCAGUUCUGCAUGAAUUUUGCGCAGUGUUUGAAAGUUAACCUGGUAACAUUCUAAAGAGUUUGUGUCGUUGUAGAUAUCUCAUGAUGUCAUGUAAUUCCAUCUCAGUGUAAUUAACCCAACGUGACAAGUUGCUAUGAGAUGUUGACUACCUCGCCUGGUCUACAGGAGGUCGUGGGUUCGAUCUCUCUCUCAUCAUCAUCACGGUGGCUAUGAGAUGUUGACCACCUCGCCUGGUCUACAGGGGGUCGUGGGUUCGAUCUCUCUCUCUCAUCAUCAUCACAGUGGCUAUGAGAUGUUGACUACCUCGCCUGGUCUACAGGAGGUCGUGGGUUCGAUCUCUCUCUCAUCAUCAUCACAGUGGCUAUGAGAUGUUGACCACCUCGCCUGGUCUACAGGAGAUCAUGGGUUCGAUCUCUCUCUCAUCAUCAUCACGGUGGCUAUGAGAUGUUGACUACCUCGCCUGGUCUACAGGAGGUCGUGGGUUAGAUCUCUCUCAUCAUCAUCACGGUGGCUAUGAGAUGUUGACCACCUCGCCUGGUCUACAGGAGGUCGUGGGUUCGAUCUCUCAUCAUCACGGUGGCUAUGAGAUGUUGACUACCUCGCCUGGUCUACAGGAGGUCGUGGGUUCGA